AUGGUGGCUCCCGCGUCCAACAUCAAGCGCCCGCUCCGUUUCUGGGAGCAGAUCUGCUCCAACAUGGGUGUUACCAUGGGCUUCGAGCUCGAGGGCAAGGUGACGCCUCAGAUCGUGAAGGACGCCUUCGCUGCCAUCCAGAAGGAGUACCCCUACCUUCGCACCGUCCUGACGAAUGACAUGAACCAGCUGGCCUUCGUCGAGCAGCCCGUGGUCGUCCAACUGACUGUCACGGAAGGCAAGGAUCUCCCCAACAUCAGCAAGGCGAUCACGGACGUCGCCAACACACUGCGAGACCACGGCAAAUCCGUCAUCUACCUCGACCUGUUCAGCAAGGGCGACAAGCACGUCCUAGUCUCCACCCUCAACCAUGCUGGCAUGGACGCGUUGAACGGCUUCCAGAUCUACGACUCCUUCUUCAACUACAUCGGACUCCUCUCCGCAGGCAAGCCGCUGCCCGAGAUCAAGUCAAACAUCUUUGCCGAUGUACUGGGCAGCAUUCCAGAGUCCAUCAAGAAGGUGCCCGCGCCCAAGGUGCCUGAAAAGUUCAUGGCGCCGAUUGCUGCCGAAGCGGGCGGCAAGGCCGGCGACAAGGCGCGCGUGCAGGCAUUCUUCACCGAGCUUCCUGAAGACGUGACUGCUGCCCUCAUCAAGAAGUGCCAUGACAAGGGAGUCACCGUGCAGGGCGCUGUGUCGGCGGCGUCUGCCGUGGCUAACGCAGCCGUCCAGGCGAAGGAGUUCCCUCUGCCCCAGACCCUGCUGCUGCAGUGCCCCUGCAGCGUGCGCGACCAGGUGGAGCCCCCCGUGAAGCCGGCGGACGGCGGCCAGGGGGCCUCGCUCCUGUGGUGGGCGCAGGAGGUCACGCCCUCGGUCAGCCUCUGGGCCGUGGCGGCUGCGGCCAGCGCCGCCAUCAAAAAAGAAACCGAGGCGAAGGGCGGCCUGGCUUUCUGGUCGCGCAUGUACGCCGACAAGACCAUGUUUGAGGCCAUGGGCCAGGAGACGCCAUUCUUCAACCCCCCAUUCACCGCGACGGCGUCUUCGAUCGGCAAGAACCCGAUUGCGGCCGCGUACGGGCCGGUGAAAGUGAAGCGCACUCAUCUUCUGCUGGCCACCUACGGAGUCACGUCCCCCACAGAAGCGGGGCACAUGACCCACGCCCACACCUUCAACAACAAGCUGAAUCUCACCUUCAGCUACAACAUCCCGGCUGUGGGCGAGGAGCGUGCAAAGCGCAUCGCAGCCACCCAAGAGGCCGUCCUCAGGGCCCUGGCCUCUGGAGACGAGUCUGCUCAGGUGCAGAAUUUCUGA